CAUUUAUAAACAGAUUUGAAAAAUUCUUUUUUUUAUUAGAAAGAAUAUAUCUCCACAUUGGUCCCAUGAUUUUUUUUAAAUCGCUUCAGUAGUUUGUUCUAAAACUAAAACAACUAGAAUAAUUAUAUCGUCCAAAUAAAUGAAAAUGCGAAUUUUUCUUUUCUUGUGACGUUUUUAAUUAUGUUUUUGUUUUGAGUUAGGUUAAGUCUACUUCUUAAAUACAUAGAAAUUUAUAUAUAGCAUCACACCUUUUCUUCUUCUCAGUGGUAGGCAGAGGUGUAACACGUCAUCGCGAUUGUCGUACCGCGUGCACAACAUAACUUCGCAAUCGAAGUACGCUAUUCGUUACAAACAAACAAAAUAAAAAACAAAAAAUUAAACCACGUUCAAAAACAAAAAAUAAUUUAACAUUACCUUUAUAUUACUAUCCAAUUUAAGAGUCGGUGCCUAAUUAAAAAUGUUAGAAGAAUACAUUAACAAACAUACAAAAACAAUAUUUACUUUUAAUUAGGCAUGUCGAAAAAAUACCACAUUGGAAACCGCUAUAAAGGUAUUAUUUAAUAUUUUUCUGUUUUUAAUGGUUUUCUCUACACAAUUACCUUGUUGAGUGCAAACUAGCAUUUUAUUUAUACAAGUGGCUUUCGUCAUAAAGUCCAAAUGACAGCCAAAACCGAAGUAAUAUUCCAAAAUUGACAAAAGUUAAUCAUGACGUGUAAGAGAAAGUAUUUGUACCUGUUGCUGGCAGCAGUUGUAUUGUUUGGAACACUAAUUGGAUUAAUUAUCAAUAGUGUUAUAAAAUGGAAUUCAGGCAAUCCUGUCAUAAGAACUAAGUUGGGUAAUAUAAGAGGUUUAAAGGCUGGAAAUGAUGACUAUUCUAUGUAUUUGGGCGUGCCUUAUGCGACGGUGGACAAUGAAAACCCUUUUGGUCGGUCCAUUCCAUUCCAUAAAUUUGAAGGAGUGUUCGACGCCAACGAUGAUAGCGUGAUGUGCCCGCAAAUAGAAGAUUACAACCACACACAAACUGGAUCGCUGGAUUGCCUUUAUUUAAACAUCUACGUACCAAACGUGGCCUCAGUACAAAAUCCUCUGCCCGUACUAAUCUAUAUCCCGGGCGGACGUAAUGAGGUUGGUUUUCCAGGAAGACAUAUUUUUGGACCCACAUUUUUAAUGAAACAAGAUAUAAUACUCAUAAUAAUAAGUUUUCGUUUAGGUCCGUAUGGAUUUAUGUGUCUCGAUACGCCAGAAAUACCGGGUAAUCAAGGGCUCAAAGAUCAACUUCUAGCACUCCAGUGGGUAAGUGAAAAUAUAGACGCGUUUGGUGGGGAUCCGCAAAGAAUAACAUUAGCCGGCGCUAGUGCUGGUGGAUUACACGCGUCUUUACAUUUCAUGCGCACAAAGUAUCCCCUGUUUCAACAAAUCAUCCUUCAAGGCGGCUUAAUGGCGUACCCACUAAUAAUGGGCAAUUCAGAUGUCACUGUACCCCACAGAAUAGCUGAGGAACUUGGACUCAAAACAGACAAUACAAGUGAAGCAAUUACAUUUCUAACUACUCAAGAUCCCUUAGCAGUUAUUAAAGCAUCGAGUAAAUUAAAUAUACGUUAUAAAGUAUGUAUAGAGAAAGAAUUCGAUAAUGUCGAAAAUUUUAUUACAAGGCACAUGGCACAUAUCACUGAUAUACCAAGUAUCAGAAAGAUGCCCAUGUUAAUAGCACAAUCGAACAAUGAACUACUGCAUAAAUACGGUUCAAUAGAUUUCGAUAACGCAAACAAAAACAUAUUCAAAAAUAUAUUGGACGCUUUAUUUAACUUUGACAAGGAACGGCUUGAAAGAAUAGAAGAUCAGGUCAGACAUUUUUACAUAGGUGACAAGGAAGUGAGUAAUAAAGUUAAACAAAAAAUAAUCGACUUCGCAUCGGACACGGUACACACAUAUCCAACAAAGAUAAACAUUGAAAGGUUUAUUAAAAACAACGUAAAGAAGUUGUACUACUAUGUGUUUUCGUAUUUUGGAGAAAGAAACUUUAUUAGACAAAUAUAUGCAGUGAACGAAUCAUUUCAAGGAGCUGCUCAUGUUGACGACCAAGGAUAUCUGUUCGACACGGUACCUAUUAAAGACAAACAUUCACCAAAUGACCAACUCAUAAUAGAUCGUGUAACCACAAUGUGGGCCAACUUUGUUAAAUAUGGAGACCCACAACCGAAAACAUCUGAAUUACUGCCACUGGAAUGGAAACCGGUUACAAAAGAUUCGCUUUUUUAUUAUAAUCUCGGUUUAAAUGUGAGCACUGGGAUCCAACCGUUCCCGAAAAGGAUGGCUUUCUGGGACUUGAUAUACAAAUUGUACGGCAAAUACGAAAGGUUACCGACAACCCAUUAAAAGCAUUGAAAUAAAAUUAUUUUUCGGAUUUUA